AUGGACCAAAAAGAGGUUCUGAGCAGAUUCCUGGAAGCGGUGCGAAGCAAAGAGGCCAACUCUAGCGAGGUCUUUGCUAAUGAGUUCACAAGACUAAAAAGGCAGUCGACCAAAUACAAAACUGAAAAACCCUCAGAAGAAGCAGAGAAACAGGAAAAUGGCAAUAAAAACAGAUACAAAGAUAUAGUGCCAUUUGAUCACAGCAGGGUGAAGCUGUCGUUGAUAACAUCGGACACAGAUUCUGACUUCAUCAAUGCAAGUUUUAUCAAGGGAGCAUACGGGCAAAAGGCAUACAUUGCCACUCAGGGGCCCCUGCCGAACACUGUCUUAGAUUUCUGGAGGAUGAUCUGGGAAUACAAUGUGCAAGUUAUUGUAAUGGCCUGCAGGGAGUUUGAAAUGGGAAGGAAAAAAUGUGAGCGUUACUGGGCAGCCCCGGAAGAGGAGACGUUUAAGUGUGGCGUUUUCUCCAUUUCAUGCGAAUCUGAGGAAAAUAAAGGCGAUUAUGUUGUUAGGAUAUUUAAAGCAACCUUAUUUAAUGAAUGUCGUGCAAUUUAUCAACUCCACUAUGUUAACUGGCCAGACCAUGGAGUCCCCACCUCCAUAGACCCAAUGCUGGAGAUGAUCUGGGAAAUGCGUUCCUAUCAGGAACACGAUGACGUCCCACUCUGUAUCCACUGCAGUGCUGGCUGUGGCAGGACCGGAGUGAUAUGUGCCAUUGACUACACCUGGAAGCUGCUAAACAACGGGAUUAUCCCCGAGAACUUCAGUGUCUUCGAUUUGGUUCAGGAAAUGAGAACACAAAGGCCGUCCCUUGUCCAAACCAAGGAGCAGUACGAACUUGUUUACACUUCAGUAAAGCACUUGUUCCAGAACCAUUUAGAGAACAUGGGCAGAGAUUGCAAAUUGCACGUGACUGAGAGUCUAUCUACACCUUUGGAUAUCUCAUCUGAAAGUGAGACAACAGCAAGCCAAGAAUCUAAUAUUGUGGAAUCAGUGCAAGUUUACAGAUAUUCAGAUGAGGAAAGGCCAGAGAAAACUCUUAAUCAUUGUUUUGAUCUUGCACAAGAAAUUGCACCAUUGACUUCCUCUGCAUACCAGGCCAACACUCAGCCACAGAGCACCCGACACAUCUUCAGCCCCGUGAGGCACACAGACUCUUACGACCCUGAUGCAGAUAUAAGGUGCAGCAGCGCAGGCUUGUCUGAAAUUAGAAGAAGGCAGCACCUUUCUAUGUUUAUCCACAACAAUAGCUGGGGGAUAGAUCAGGAGAAUGUCCUCAGCUUAGACUCAGACAGGACAGAGGACAGUUACCUGUCUUCAGGAUUAACAAACCCUAGAGAUGGGCCUGGUGGUAAGAUACCAGUAUGCAGGGUGAAAUCAAAUCCUUUUACUCAGGGCUAUCCAGGGGAGGAAUGUGGCCAGGGAAUGAUGGGAGCCUUGUGGGACCUUCGCCAGGAACACACAUCACGUUCCUUGAAUAACCUGGACCAGUACAGAGGGGUGCUGGACGGGCUGGAGGAUCUCAGCUUCACUCGCCCUUACUGGGAACUAGCUCCAGCAAACAAAGAGCACUGGAGUGAACCUGCGGAUCCCUCUCCCUUUCAUCCUGCUUCUCAAGACCAUGCUGGCUUCUGUUAUACUGUGGAGGAUCCUUACUUCUCUGCAGAUAUUAUUGAUUCCCUUGAUGGAUCUCAGGAUGUCCUCGGGGGGUCUAGUGGAAACGCUAGUGAAUGGGGGGAGGGAGCCCUUGACCACUGGACCAAGAUCCCUAGUUACAACACCUCUUCAUCUCGAGGUCUUCUUAAAUGGACUUCUUAUACACAAACAAGACAUGAAUACCCUGACUCAGAUUCCUUUUUAGCCGCUUCAGAUAACCACGCUGGUGAAGAAACUCCACCACCCCUGCCAGAGCGAACUCCAGAGUCCUUUGUGUUGCCCAGCCAGUGUGAGCCUGCCUCUGCUGCCCAGCUUCCUGUUCCUAUACGCACAGAGGAGUUUAUUGAGGUUCCCAGGGACAAUGAGUCUCCGCCUCCAUCCACUCCCCCUCUACCUGAAAGAACACCAGAGUCAUUUGUGCUGGCCAGUUCUCUGAGCCCAGCCCUCCAGCCCCAGCCUUCCACAGACACGUUAAGAGUGGGAAUGUCUUCGGAAUGGUGCGGGAAUCCUCAACCAAAGACCUUUUUAGAACCAGAGAAAUCAAUGAGCAGAAGCAAGAGUUUAAAAUUUAGAACUUCAAACCUGGAGUCUCCGCCUCCAUCCACUCCCCCUCUACCUGAAAGAACACCAGAGUCAUUUGUGCUGGCCAGUUCUCUGAGCCCAGCCCUCCAGCCCCAGCCUUCCACAGACACGUUAAGAGUGGGAAUGUCUUCGGAAUGGUGCGGGAAUCCUCAACCAAAGACCUUUUUAGAACCAGAGAAAUCAAUGAGCAGAAGCAAGAGUUUAAAAUUUAGAACUUCAAACCUGGAGUCUCCGCCUCCAUCCACUCCCCCUCUACCUGAAAGAACACCAGAGUCAUUUGUGCUGGCCAGUUCUCUGAGCCCAGCCCUCCAGCCCCAGCCUUCCACAGACACAUUAAGAGUGGGAAUGUCUUCGGAAUGGUGCGGGAAUCCUCAACCAAAGACCUUUUUAGAACCAGAGAAAUCAAUGAGCAGAAGCAAGUGCCCCUUUCUGUUGCCCCUGUACCUACCCCUCUCAGCACAGCAUCUGAAUGGGUUCUCAGAGGGAAUGGUGAACAACUACCUGGAGCUAACAGACCCCCCAACUCAGCCAUGGUGCCAGUCCAGCCAGAUGAGAAAUCUGGUUCAAAACUGUCACUGUCUGGCUUCGCAAGGUCUAAGGUGCCCUGGAUUCGAAGGUCUUGCUCUGUCUCUAUUCUAUGAACAUGCUGCUGUUACUACACGUUUGGCUGCAUGUCUGUGUUGCAGUUACAGUGCCCCGGUCUCCAGUGAUGUCACCUCCCGGCAGUGAUGUCACUCUCGACUGCUCUUUCUCCUAUAAAGCGGGGGCUGAUCUCACCAGAGUGGUGGUUACCUGGCAACGCCCUCCUGACGAUCAUGUCGUCCACAGUUUCUAUUACGGUCGAGACCAGCUGGCUCUGCAGAAUGAAGCCUACAGGAAUCGGACCCAGCUGUUCCCAGAGCAGCUCAGUGUGGGGAACGCCUCCUCAGACUGAAACAGGUGCGGUUUGAGGAUGAGGGCUGGUACACCUGCGCUGUCACCAACCAAGUGGAGAACACCAGGGGAGACGUGCGGCUCAUAGUGGCAGGUAAGAGGUGUUCUGAAGACAUAAUUUAGGGUGUAACUUCACAUAUUGACAUCUUUAAGGUGACUGUAG